AUGGAAAGUAGAAAUUUAACUCAAUUUCAACAUUAUUCUCAUAAUGGCACCAAUCGUUACUCUAUUUAGAGAAUUGUUUAUCCUCAAUAUGCAAGUGGUUUAGUUUAAGAAGAAACAGUAUCUCAGCAUCGAGAUUCGACUGAUGAGGAAUAAUUUAUAGAAGGUGAGUGUUUUAUUUAUAUCGGGGGCUAAUAAAUAUUUACUAUCGAGCUUAAGUAGCCAGAUUUUGUGCAUUAAUAAUUAUGUAUUGAUUUAACAAAAUACCAAUGUCCUUUGGAAUGCUUAACUGCUUUCCCAUUGCCAAAUGAGUUUCAGAAUCCCCAAAGAAUAUUACCUUUAAGCACUGGUAUAUUAGUGGUGAGUAGUGGCAAAAAUGGGUAGCAAAUCAACUUAUUUGAUGAUCAAUCCAAAGAGAUUACCAUCAAUGUGCAAAUCACCAAGAGAAUAAUCUGGAUGAAUUCAAGAUACUUAUAAGAGGUUAUUAUAUUAAUAGUUGGUUUCAAUGAUUCAAGUGUCGGUCUUUUCGAGAUUGACAUCAAGAAUAAAUAAAUUAAAUUGCUGCAUGAAUUCAAUUUUGAACAAUUGAUUAUAUUCAAUGACAUUUCAACUCAUAAUCAAAUCUAUUACAUAGCGUUGACUUCCUAUAAUGGAAUUAUUUCAAUUUUGUCAAUCGAUCUCUUUUUUAACAUUCAACAUCAUGUUCAUAAUAUUAAUAGAAUAACCUCACCUCCUAAACUGUAUUUUUAGCACAACAAAGCCAGCUUAAUGGUUCCCAUAUAAAACGGAGAGAUGCUGUAAUAUCUUGAAAUAGGAAAUUAUGGAUUGACUAAAUGGAAUGUAAUAAAGUAUCAAAAUAAUAACAAAUCUAUGAUUACAGCAUUUGAUAUAGAACCAAAAAAAUGUGAUGUUUCUUAGAAUUAGAGUGAAGAGUUUGAGAUUUGUAUGAUUCAUUUUGAUGGUACUCUUAGUUUUUAUGAUUAUGCUGAUAACAGUAUUUAUAUUGAAAUAUCUAAACAAUUGAAUGGCUCCAGAUUUUUUGUGUCAAACAUGCAGCUUUAAUUCAAACAAUUCAUAUUAAUGGGGUCGGAUGAUGAAGUAGAAAUAUAUCAAAUGUCCUUUUAUCACAUCAAUUGA